CUCCGGCCCGAGGGAAACCCGGCCCCGCCGAGGGAUGUCCGGCAAGGCAGGCGAAGGCGCCGCUGGAGAGGAAGGGGCGCAAGCGGAUCAGGAGGAGGAAGAAGAGGAGGAGGAGGUGGUGGAAGUCCGGCUGGGCGAUCGCCGCUUCCCGCCGGUGCGCAAGAAGCGCCUGAUCGAGCAGAGCGAUUACUUCCGCGCUCUCUACCGCUCGGGCAUGCGGGAGGCGGCUGCGGGGGGCGCCGGGUUGGCGGUGCAGCAGCUGCGCGGCGGCCUGAGCGAAGCCGGCCUGGCUCGGGUGCUGCAGUUCAUCGAGACGGCGCGGCUGGCCCAGGAGGAGCCGCCCGAAGCCGGAGCGCUGGCCGAGCUGGUGGAGGCCGCCUCCUUCCUGCAGGUGACGCCGCUCCUGCGCCUGCUGCGCUCCCGGGUGCGGCUGCCCAACUGCCUGGAGCUGCAUCACCUGGCGCAGGUGUACGGGCUGCCCGAGCUGCGCGAGGCUUGCCUCGACUUCAUGGCCGGCCGGCUGCAUCAGCUGCUGGCCCGGCCCGAAGCUCGCCUGCCGUUCCUGUUGCCCGACGCCCUGGCGCGCCAGCUGCGCCAGCGCCGCCACCGGGGCCGGCCGGCUCUGCUUCUCCUGGGCAGCUUCCCGGACCGGCCGCCUCUGCUGCGCUACGAGGAGGAGAAGCGGCGCUGGGAGCCUCUGCCGCCCGCCGAGCCGCCCGCCGACCUGCUCCAGGUGCGCGGCUUCGGCUGGGCGGUGUUGGACAACUACUUGUUCGUGGUGGGAGGCUACCGGCCGAGCAGCCAGGAGAUCGCAGCCGCGCACCGUUACAACCCCUGGCUGAACGAGUGGCGCCAACUGGCCUCCAUGAACCAGAAGAGACCGGAAUCUGAAUAUCUGGGAAUAUUGCCCCAUCUCUGACAAGUGGACUAACUUUGAAACCUGUGGAAUGCACAUCCGCAAGCAGCAAAUGUUAUCAGUGGAGGAGACCAUCUACAUAGUAGGCGGCUGCAGCCACGACUUGGAUUCCAAUAAAAGAGCGGGUCA